GGGGCACCGGAAGUGCGUCAUCGGCGCCGGAAGAGCCGCGGAUGCCGGGCGGCUUGAGGCGGCGGGGGCUGUGGGCCAUGCUGGCGGGCCCGGUGACGCGGGGGCCGCCGCUCUCUCCUUGCGCGGGCGCCGAGCGGCGCGUCUCCCUGGCCGAGGCCGCGGGCCAGGCGGCGCGGGCGCGGGCUGUGGCGGCUCUACGCGAGGGUGGGCUAGUGGCGGUGCCCACCGACACGGUCUACGGCGUGGCCUGCUUGGCGCAGAACUCCGCGGCCGUCGAGGCCCUGUACCGGCUGAAGGGGCGCCCCGCCGCUAAGCCGUUGGCCAUCUGCCUGGGCGACGUCGAGCAGGUGCACAGGUACUGCCACGCGCCGGUGCCCGAGGAGCUGCUGCGUGAUCUCCUGCCCGGUCCCGUGACGUUGGUGCUGCCGCGCUCGGACGCCCUCAACGCCGACCUGAACCCCUUCACGCCGCUGGUGGGCGUCCGUGUCCCCAAUCACCACUUCCUCAGGGAGCUGGCCAAGGCCUGUGACGGUCCUCUGGCUUUAACCAGCGCCAACGUCAGCGACAGGGCGAGCAGCCUCACCGUCACGGAAUUCCAGGAGCUUUGGCCUCAUCUUUCACUGGUCAUCGAUGGGGGUCCAACGGGGGAUGACUGUAGUCCUGAGUGUCGGCUAGGCUCAACUGUGGUUGAUCUCUCCAUCUCUGGAAAAUACAAGGUUAUUCGAGCAGGAUGUGCACUUACUCAAACUCUUGAAGUCCUGGCCUCCAAGUAUGGAUUGAGAGCUGAGGUGUCUGGAGAUUGAAAUAUUGGACCUUGAGGGCACUGAAGAACUGUCAGGUUUUUUCCAGCCAAGAAAGCAAAAUGUUUGUGUGACCAUUAUGAUUUCAAAGAGACUCUCCCUUAGGUGACAUCCUCGAUGCUGUUGCAGCUUCAGAAAUUGUCCAAUUUGUGACUUUGAGGACUGUGGCCAAAUGGCUGAAUUUCCUUUAAGACUUCUUAAAGUCUUAAAGAUUUCUGAUUGCCUGAAGCAUUUCUACAUCUGGUUUGUCACACAGACUAACUUUUCCUACUCUGUCUAAAGAAGCAAGCUUAUGUGAACUGAAAUCAGAUCCUGCAGCGGGAUCAUUUGAACAUUUGGAUAUGAAUAGUUCAGUUGAACACAUUGAAUAAUGUGGGAGGGUUGAAUACAGAGGACUAAAUAAAUGGGUGCAGCUAUCUUUGUUGACCCCUUCUCAUAUCCUAACAGUAGGACCAAAGUCAUUAAAUGAAAACUGUAUGCAAUUUAUGUGGCAUUUCCCCCCCUAUAAAAACAAGGUCUAAUUAGGGUUGAACCUAAUUAUUGCAUGGAUAGGAGACCACCAAAAAUCCCAAGGCAAUAAAGUAGUUUGGAAAAUCAGAAAAACACUUGGAGGGGGGAGUCAGUGACAGAUUUUCUGCCAAGAUAAGAAUGUGGAUAAUUCAAAAAGACUUUAAAAUUGGGAUUGACUGUUAACCUUGAAUGGCUUGUUACAGAAAAAACUAAGCUGCUGAAUGAGAAUAGUUUUCUCAAACCUCAUAACAAUUACUGCAGAAUGAAUAAAUUUGUCUUAACUGGA